AUGGCCGAUGAAGAAGACCCUCAGUCCCUAGUGGGCACAUUCCCCGAGCCACCAUCCUUCUACAAAGACUUCACCCCAGCCAACGUCGCUCGGAUCGAGGAGCUGCGCAAAACCGCCGGCCUCAAAGAUCUUACCCCCAGAUUACCAAAUGUACCUGAAUAUCUCAUCAACCUGCAACCUCCUGCUGAACCGGAGGACGGCAAGUGGCGGGUGUUUGGCGAUCACUAUACUCUCGAGGACAAGUUACCGACGCUCGAAGAAGUCGGCGCCGUAUCUCUACCCCCAACACACCCUUCUCGUCUCCAGUCCUCCCCUUCCUCGUCUCAGGUGGCACAGAAUAACCACUACGACCACGCACUCGAGCUCAAGCGACUCACAAAGUCCCUGCUGCUCAACUUCCUUGAGCUCCUCACCACGCUGUCGCAGAACCCAGGCCACGCCAGCGCCAAGAUCAGCGACAUCAACACGCUCCUUAUCAACAUACACCACGCGCUGAACGAGUAUCGCCCCCAUCAGGCGCGAGAGAGCGCUGCCGAGUUGAUGCAGGAUCACCUCGACACCAUUCGUCGCGAAACCACCUCGGUGCGCGAGGGGGUGGAUCGUGCCCGUCGCGUACUCGAAGGCCUGGGCAGCCUGACGUUUGCGGAGCGCGAGGCCAGCCAGGCUCCGGUAGAUGAGGAGGCAGAGAAGAAUCGGCUCAAGCAGCAAGAAGAGCUUACUCUGUGGAACUGUGCGGAUGCACUUCUCGCUUGA